AUGUUAUCCUCAAAUUCUCUCUUAUAUUGCACAACUGGUAUUCUCUCGGCUGUGGCUGUAUGUAAUGCGUUUGCAGUGCCUCCAGAAGCGAAUCGACAGCCCCACUCCACAACUGCCAGCUUGAUACCAAUCCCCACUGAAGCUCCCGAAAGAUGGAUUCAUCCUGGAGUAUUUGUCAGCGCCAAACAGCUGAAUUUCGUUGCUGAGAAAGUUGCUCAUCAUGGGGAACCAUGGAGUAAUGCAUUUACCAGCAUGAUGAACUACAAUUACUCAUCUCCGACAAGGACUGCUGUCCCGUACAAAACCGUUGAGUGUGGGCCAACAUCCACGCCCAACAUUGGCUGUUACCAGGAGCGUGAAGACUCUAUGGCAGCGUACAUUAACUCGCUAGCUUACUGGAUCACCAAGGAGAAGAAAUACGCAAAGAAAGCAAUUUACUACAUGGACGCUUGGUCCAGCACAAUCCAAGGCCAUAACAACACUAAUGCGCCAUUGCAGGCGGCAUGGUCUGCUGCCAACUGGGUUCGUGCGGGUGAACUCAUGCGCUAUGCCCCCGGUGCAAGCUGGUCAUGGAAGGGCAUCCGGCAAUUUGAGGAUAUGUUGACAAAAGUCUAUCUUCCGAUUAUUUUGCCGGGCGAUUCGGCUAAUAACGGCAAUUGGGACUUGGUCAUGAUGGAGUCUUCCCUCGGCAUUGCGGUAUUUACUGAGAAUAAAACCACGUAUGAGGAUGCCAUGGGCAAGUUUGCUGGCCGAGUGCCUGCCUAUAUCUACCUCACCUCCGAUGGUCCGUACCCAGUACCUGGCCGAGGUGUAGCAGACACCCCAGCGGCACUCAUCAAAUACUGGCAAGGACAGCGGUACUUCAACAUCAGCGGUAUUACACAGGAGACUUGCCGUGAUUUUGCUCAUACCAGCUAUGGAAUCUCAUCCAUGUCGCAUAUUGCUGAGACUUCUCGAAUCCAGGGUAAAGAUAUAUGGCACACAAAUUUAGGAGUAAGAGUGAAAGCCGCUUUGGAACUGCAUGCAUCGUUUGAAACCGGAGAAGAAUCUAUUCCCACCUUUAUUUGUGGUGGACACAUUGCUCGAUCUAUGGAUCCAGUUUUGGAGCCUUCCUAUAAUGCACUUGCUUAUCGCAUGCACGAAUGGAUGCCCUAUACGCUUAAAUACCUGAAGGAACAGCGACCCGCCGAGAUUGGGGAGGCUGAGCCAUUGUUUAUUGGAUUCGAGACCGUGACAAACGCUGAGAUCCCGUUCUAA